AUGAACCCACAAUGUUCUAAAUGUAAAGCAGCAAUGAGGAAAUAUAACUACUCCGUCAAAGAGAUAGAACGUAUGCGAAACGACUAUGCAGACUUAAAGAAAGAAGCAGAAAAACCAGCAGAAAAUAAAAUGGAUAUGUUAGCAUUUCUGAACAAAAACUAUCCAACAGCAGAAGAUUUCCUAUUAUCUGACGUCAAGAAGAAGUAUAAAGAAACUUUCGGUAUCGUUAAAACAUUCGAUGUACUGACAGAAGAAAUAGAAGCUACAAAACUGUUUAGGAUUUCAAAUAUACAUCGUACAAUUCAUGUAAAACGCUUAUAA